GGUUACAAGUGGUAUUACAUAAGACGAACAAGAACAGAGAGAGAUAAAGGAAGACAGAAGAUUUGUGCUUGUUUCCUAUAUUUUAGCCUCUGGAAGACUCCCAGAGUUGCCUAAAGAAGAAGAAAAUUCCUCUCUUCCCUCCUUCUCUCCCAGAACUCUCUGCCAUCCAUGAGUGUGACCAACUCCUCUGCCUAUCGAUCGGAGCGUAGUUUCCACCAGACUUCUUCAUCUUCCUCCUCUUCCUCCUCCUCCUCCUCCUCCUCGUCCUCUGGUAACCCAUACAUGGAGAAGAGCCGAGGACUGUUCGCCGAGGACUUUGGCUCCUUCAUGAGGCCAGGGAGCGACGCCUUGGGGUUUUCCAGUGGAGCUGGAAAUAUCAAGACUCUUGGAGAUUCCUAUCAGUUCACAGUAGAUGUGAGAGACUUCUCCCCUGAAGAUGUCAUCGUCACCACGUCCAACAACCAGAUCGAGGUUCAUGCAGAGAAGCUGGCCACGGAUGGAUCAGUGAUGAACACUUUCACACACAAGUGCCAACUACCUGAAGAUGUGGACCCCACCUCAGUGACGUCAUCACUUGGCGCCGAGGGGACCCUGACAGUCAAGGCCCGGCGACACCCGCCCAAACACGAGCUCGUACAGACCUUCCGCACCGAGAUCAAGAUCUAGAGAGGGACCCACAUCCACAUCACAAAACCCUUUAUUUUUGUGUUUUUAAAGCAACUUUCUGUUCUUCCUGUCUCCACUUUAACCAUUCAGCUGUUAACACUCACAGAGUUAGCACUGUUCUGUAUAGAUUAAGUCAUGUACUCGCUCUCUGACAGCAAGAAUGCCUGUUUCUGCUUGUUUAUUAUGAGUUAAUUCACAUUACAGAGCUUCACAAAGGUACAGAUGUAUCUUUAAAUGGACAGCAUGCCCCUUAUCUUCUAUGAUCAUACAAAAAUAAAGCCAAAUUACCCUCAUGAUGGGUGCUGCUGACAUACUGCACUCGUGGCAAGAUAUGUACAGAAGGGAUCUGGAUGAUGCUACACCCUAUCCACCAAUCAAAACACACAUUUAUCUCACUAAAAAUUCCCGAGAAAUCCCUCUGAUUGGUGCAGUCUAUCACAGAACAGAUUCUUGUGUCAGUCUAAAAGAGACACUCACAUUUAUGGUUUGUUGCAUUUUCCCCUGCCAUUCCCUCACAGAGAUGUCAGUCGUAAUCUUAAAUCUGCUCUUUCUAAACAUAAAAUAACUGAUUAAAACGAAACUACUCAGAAAAAAUGUUUGGACUUAAAAAAGCAUUCUAAUAACUAAUCAUAACAGCAGAAUCCAAACUAAGAAAAAUACUAUUUGGCAUGUAUUUUAGGUUAAGUUUGACCCAUGUCCCAUAUGCUAUCAUUUAGGAGGCUAAGUUUACAACUGAAGCCAGUCAGAAGAAGUAGCUCUAUAUUUGGCUUCACUCCCCGCCAGCUGUUGUGACAUCCAUCUCAGUAUACGGUCUUUGAUCAGAGAAAGUUGGACAUGUACGAGCACUUGAAAUUAAUCAGUUCCCUCCUUUCUUCUAACCUAAAACUGUAGACUCACAUCUGAAAUGGAUGUUUGCCAUGUAAUUUAUUGUAUAUUAUUUGUGUGAAUAAAAUAACCCAACUUUACAACAAAUAUCUAAAAGUGUGUGU